AUGCACUCGCGUCGACCCGAAACCUUGAAGAUUGACAUCCCCAAGUAUAGGGGAGUCGAAGAGGACUCCCUCUUGAGAUGGUUCGUCGAAUUGGAUGACGCCAUAAGGGCGCGUCGCAUCGACGACGGGGAUAUGCAAAUUGCAUUUGCCCAAUCGAAUCUGGCAGGACGUGCCAAGACUUGGGCACUGGGGCUCAAGCUGCACGACCCAUAUGCGUUUGGGUCGUUGGAAGUCUUCAAGUCGCGGCUCAGACAAACGUUUGAACCGCCUAGAGCUGAGUUCAGGGCUCGAACCGAACUCUUGAAGCUCAAGCAGGGUAAGCGUGAUGUGCACGCUUACGCUCAACACAUACGACAUCUUACGAGUUGUAUAAGUUCCAAUCCAGUGGAUGAACACACGUUGGUUUCAGUGUUCAUGCAGGGUCUUGCGGAUGGUCCCGUCAAGACUCACCUGUUCCGGCUUGAACUAGAUUCACUAGAACAAGCCAUUUCCAUUGCGGAGCAGGAAGACUUCAGUCUGAGACAGGCUCGCGCCAGCUCGACAUCAUAUCGUCAACCGAGACGAUAUGACAACGGAGGUCCAGAGCCGAUGGAACUCUGUUAUGUAGAGAGCGAGAAAGUUCGCUCUACAGGCUACAAGAAGUUGCAGAGAUGCAACAUAUGUCAGAAGACAGGACACUACGCUUACGAGUGUAGUGCCCCUCGUCCAGUGUCUCGCGACACUGGGCGUAGUGACCGUCCACCCAUGAGAAAGGGGCAGGGACGAGGGUCCGCUGUUGGUGCAAAGACGCAACAACGGGAUGGACCGUCAAAAAACGGACAGGAUCAGUAG